AUGCCCCCCAAGAGGCGCGGAGCCCCUGCCUCCUCCGCCCCAAAGAAAGCCCGUCAAUCCAAACUCGCCAAAGAGAACGACAUCUCCGGCGAAGAAGAAAAUGAAAUCAAAGAAGUCUUCCAUCUCUUCUCGACUACGAACGAGGAAUUCAAAAAUGAGAAAGAAGGCGUCAUACCAAGGGAGGAUGUUCGGAAAGCGCUCGUAGCUCUAGGUCUCCCUCCCACCGACUCCAGCGAACUCUCCUCCAUCCUCUCCGCAGUCGAUCCCACAAAUACAGGGUUCGUCCCAUAUGCGCCCUUUGUUUCCGUCGCAGCCGCCAAAUUGAGAUCACGCGAUGACGACGCCAUGACUGCCGAGGUAGACGCGGCUUAUCAGCUUUUCACCCGUGGCGCGGACGGUCCCAUCACACUGGGACAUCUGAGGCGGAUAGCGCGCGAGCUGAAAGAAGACGGCGUGGGUGAUGAGCUCUUAAAGGAUAUGAUCGUCGAGGCGAAUGGGGGUGCCGGGGUGGAUUCUGGGGUAACACUGGAACAGUUUCAUGAUGUGAUGAGCAGAGCUGGUGUUUUUUAA